AUGUACAGAGCCCAGUUCAGGAAGCCACCCGUGGUGCAAAUCCAGAGACUUACACCUUUGUCUUCUCCACCAAUUACUCUUCCACCAGAGACCAAGCCUCCCCUGGUAACAGAUGAAGAGGAAGAACAGGAGGAGGAAGCUCCAUUACAUUUCUCCUCUUCUUCCCCUGAUGAGGCUCUCAUGCCUCCUAUUGCUGCUGAUGACUUAUGGUUAUACGCAUCAAAAAAUAUCCCUGGCAAAGGUGGCUUAAGUGUUGCUGUGGGUUAUCCACUGGAUACAGUAAAGGUGAGAAUUCAGACAGAGAGAAGCUAUAAUGGAAUUUGGCACUGCAUUCGAGAAACAUACAAAGCGGAGAAAGCCUGGGGAUUUUACAAAGGCAUGUCACUGUCAGUUUCCACAGUGUCGCUUGUUUCUUCUUUUUCAUUUGGGGCAUACAGAAACUUCCUUUAUAACAUCUGCAGAUUAAGAUAUGGCACUUCAGAUGUGAAGCCAUCAAAGGUGGAUAUUUCUGUUGCUGGAUGUGCUACUGGUGCUGUUCGGGUGGUGCUAAUAUCGCCUACCGAAAUAGCUAAAGUUCGAAUGCAAACUCAGAAGCAAUCACAUUACUCAGUUACAGCUUCUCACCUCUCCAAGCCAAAGUAUCAAGGACCUGUGCAUUGUCUGAGGAUGAUAGCAAAGGAGGAAGGUUUUAGGGGUUUAUAUAAAGGUUGUUCUGCAUUGCUGUGCAGGGACUGCCACUCAUUUGCAACGUAUUUCCUAACCUAUAAUAUCCUGUGUGAUUGGUUUACUCCAACUGGAAAAAAUAAACCAGACAUACUGACUGUGCUUCUUUCUGGUGGCUCUGCUGGCGUGUUUGGGUGGGCCGUAGCUACUCCUAUGGAUGUAAUUAAAUCACGGAUGCAAGUAGAUAACUUGGGACAGCGCAAGUACAGAGGACUCAUACACUGCAUCCGAGUAAGUGUGAAAGAAGAAGGAAUAAGAGUUCUUUUCAAAGGACUUGGAUUAAACUGCAUUCGUGCUUUUCCAGUGAACAUGGUGGUGUUUGUAACAUACGAAGCUAUAAUGAGACUUGCAGAAAAUCUUAUGAAAUAAAAGCAUGUUACAUCACUCAGUUCUAAGGUGGUUGCUUCCUUUGAGAAGACGUUUCGUAUAACCGAACACUCAAACAACAGUCCACCA